UCACAGUGCAUUCUGAACGUCAACCAAGUACUGCCAUCGCCGCGGCUGACAUCAAACAUGAUUUCGGUCAUUGGAAUACUAGUACUGUCUGAGGGGUAUAUACACCCCCUCGGCGCUGCUGCUUCUUUCCUAUCGCCUCGACUUUCUUUAUACACAUUUCUUCCCGCCCGCCAUUUAACUAUCUCCAACCGUUUUACAUCAUGUCUCCUUCUAAGAACGCGUCUGGGUUGACCCCAUCAGAGUCCAAAUCUCUUGAGGAAAGGAACCCCGAGACCAGGGAACAGAAGGUUCUUGUAGCCAUCAAGGAGAUGUACUCCUGCAAUCCUAAUGAUACCACAUUCGACAUCUAUUCUGAGGACGCUGUCUUUCACGAUCCCGUUGGUAUCGCAACGGGUCCAAAGUCCAUUCGGGCUCAGUUCCAUGGUCUUGCAAAGCUCUUCGAAAAGGUGGAUAUUCCAAAGUUCCGCGUCCUCAAGAACCCUCCUCUCGUACCCCGGAGUACCAUUCUAGUAGAUCAGGAUGUAGCGUACUACCGAUCUGCUUUCUCAUCCCCUACCAAGACGAUGAAUUCUCUCUUGACUCUUGAGCUCGAUGAUGAAGGAAAGCUGAGGCGUCAUACAGAAGAGUGGGAUCAUGAGAGGACAUCCAUCUCUGACGAUGGAUUCCUAGGGAUGAUCAACGAGCACAGGAAGAAGCUCUCUGCGUCCGCAACCGAGGUCAUCUUCGGCAAAUAGUGAGAUGAGCCGUAUACGUCAUAUUGUGAGAUAUGUACUGGUAUCACUGAAUGUUGCCGCCGCUGCGUAGUCUCCGGCAAAGUUUCGAAGUUACUUACUACAUUCCGUCCGCCCGCGUAAGCCCUAACG